CUCACUGACCUGUGAGGGAAACUUCACUGAGUGGAGAGUGAGGAAGUUCUCUGAGGACGGCCGACUGUACUCUGACUGUAGGAGAAUGACUGGAUCCACAUGUAACAUCAACACAUCAAAGUCAGAUACUGGAGUGUACUGGUGUGAGUCUGGAUCAGGAGAGUUCAGCAGUGCAGUCAACAUCACUGUACAGAUAACUGGACGCAGUUCAUCUCCUGUGUGGUUGAUGGUUGGACUGGUUUGUGGAGUCUCUCUCAUUAUUAUUCUCCUGCUCUUGUUGUAUCGCUGCAGACAGUCCAAGUAUUCCUGCUUCACCAGGUCGAUCCAGUCUGAGAGUCACAGUCCGGGCUCCUCCACAAAUCAUGGAGUCAACCAGGAUGAAACUCAUGUGUACGACUCUCUUCAACAUGGUACUGCUGACACCUAUGAAUCAGUCACACAAGUCACAAAGAGAAAUGAUUCAUGCUUCACCAGGUCGAUCCAGUCUGAGAGUCACAGUCCGGGCUCCUCCACAAAUCAUGGAGUCAACCAGAAUGAAACUCAUGUGUACGACUCUCUUCAACAUGGUACUGAUGACGUCUAUGAAUCAGUCACACAAGUGAAAAACAGAAAUGGUUCAGAUGAAUAUGAUGACGUCACCUCAUCUCUUAUUGAGUUUAAAGAUCUUAGAACUAAGAGAAGCCACAGGUGGGACAGGCAUGAGGGGCAGCCAGUGACCCCUCACACACGUCCUUAUGCUGAUAUCCAGGGCAGCUGUGGUCCAGCCAUCCCAUACACCCAGUUCCUCAGGUGAGGGGGGCUAGGGCCCAGUUGAUCCCUGCUCCAGUUCCCAGGCCGGCUGAAGCUCUGCUAGUCCCUGCACCCGUACCUGUUCUUCGGGUAGGGACAGCAGCUGCCCAGCCGUCGCCGGUGCCUGUUCCGGUUCCCAGGGUGAGGCUAGCCAGGACACAGCCUACCUCUGCACCCGUACCUACUCCGCGGGUGGGAGCAGCUAGUGCGCAGCAGGCCCCUGCACCUGUUUCUGACCCUGCUGGAG